AUGCUUCGCGUCCUGGCGGCGGCAGCCUUGGGCUUGGCAGGUGCGCAGCUCGUACCCGAGCAGCCCGUGGAUAUCGAGGAGUUCCAGAAGCUUUUGCACGAAGAAGGCCUCCUCACGUCCGAGGAGGGCCCCGUGUCCGGCAACCUCUCGAGCCCGACGUUGUGCGACAGCAGCGUGAAGCAGCACUCCGGAUACCUUGAUGUGGCGGCCGGCGUCAAGUACUUCUUUUGGAUGUUUGAGAGCCGCAGCAAGCCCACCAGCGACCCGCUGGUCCUCUGGCUGACAGGUGGCCCGGGGUGCUCUUCCCAGCUUGCGCUGCUCGCAGAGAACGGUCCCUGCAACAUGGCGAAGAACGGCACCGGCACCGUGAAGAACCCUUACAGCUGGACCAGCAACGCCAACGUGCUUUGGGUGGACCAGCCGGCCGCGACGGGCUUCUCUACUGGCCUGCCUCUGGUGCACGAUGAAGAUGGAGUCGCCAAGAACAUGUACAACUUCAUGCAGGAGUUCUACAAGGCCCUUCCGCAGUACAAGAACCUCGACUUCUUCAUCUUCGGUGAGUCCUACGCCGGUCACUACGUGCCAGCAGUGUCUCACUACAUUUGGCAGCAGAACCAGCAGGGAAACGACUUCAAGGUCCCUUUGAAAGGCUUGGGCGUUGGCAACGGCCUGACCGACCCGCAGGAACAGUACAAGUGGUACGCAGACAUGGCCUACGAUGGCGGCAAGUCGGAGGGUGGCACUCUGGAGAAAGGUGUCAUUGGGCGCGUGGGCACCCUGGCCAUGAAAGCAGCCAGCAUCCCAUGUGUCAAGCAGAUCGCGUCUUGCAACGCCGGGGACGACAACGCCUGCACGACGGCUUAUGCUCUGUGCAACUACGGCGAGCUGAUCCCCUACCAGCUCACAGGCCACAACCCCUACGACAUGCGCAUCAAGUGCGAGAAGCCGCCUCUCUGCUAUGACUUCGGCUCAGUCGAGACCUUCCUGAAUGACAAGACGACGCAGGAGCAGCUGGGUGUGAACAAGAAGUGGGGCAGCUGCAACCGCAUCGUGAACCUGGCAUUCCAGCACGACUGGAUGAAGAACUUCCACACGAAGCUUCCGGACCUCCUUGCUGCCGGUCUACAGGUCUUGAUCUACGCAGGUGAUGUGGAUUACAUCUGCAACUGGCUCGGCAACAAGAAGUGGGCAUUGGGUCUCGAGUGGCCCCACAAGGCUGAGUUCAAUGCCGCUGGCGACAAGAGCUACGAGGUGGAAGGCAAAGCCGCGGGCCGCCUUCGCUCCGCUAACGGCUUCCACUUCAUGCAGGUCUUCCAAGCAGGGCACAUGGUGCCCAUGGACCAGCCGGCUGUGGCGCUGCAGAUGCUCAACGACUUCAUCCAGGGUAAGUUUGCCAAGGAAACUGCCAUUGUGGUCUGA